AUGUGUGUGGCGCAUGGUGUUGAGCGUACAUUCUUGCCAUUGACUUUCACACCUGACCCGGCUGCUGGCCUGCUUGGGCAACCUGGCAGCGUCCCAGCCCUUGUGCUUCCUCCGGGUGGCAUGGCAGCUAGGCACCGGAAGGAUGUUACAGCUGAACGGUUUACUUUUUAUUUUAUUGUCAACAGCUAA